AUGUUAUUUCUCCGCCACAAACAACCGUCACGGAAGAGAUCUACCUCUUCCUUUGUCCCUCCAUUUCCUCCGCCCAAAAUCCCCAAAUCUCAAAACGACGAAGGAACUGCCGUUGAUGCUGUUAAGAAGAUGGUUUCAAUAUUGGCCGAGGGCGGUUGCAACUUGGUUAGUCCUUUGGGUCUGCCCUCCGAUCCCUACAAGCUCCGCCGCCACCUCUCCUGCCUUUUUUCUUCUACUGACGAUCGCUCCGUUUUUCUCUCUGAUUACUCUUAUUGUUUCCCAUCAAAUAAGUUGAUUGAGGCUGGUCCUUCUGUGCAGUUUGAAGUAAACCUCACAGUUCUUGACAAAUUGGUUAAGGAAGUUGUUUGCUUAGAGAAGGUUCGAUCUUUUGCUCAACCCGAAAAUGUUCACACACUUUUGAUCAGGAUGCAAAAGAAUGUUAAUGUGGUUGUUGCACUAGUUAGCAUGUGCAGAACCCAUGAGAAGGUCACCAUGCAUGCCAUGGAAGUCAAGUAUGGUGGGAAAUUCAUUGAUUCCUUCCUUAUAGCGUUUGACUUCUUGCAGGUUCACUUCCAAACGCAUAAUGAAGUCAUACUUCUAUUGGUGAAAGAACUUCAAAAGGCAACACGAACGAUUCAGACCCUAUGUUCAGAAGCAAAGGGCUUGAAACAAACAGCCAUCACCGGCAAAAUACCUGCUACUAAAAGAUCUUUGGAACGCUUUUUGUUUCGUGUCAAGACUCUUCUCCAUUCAACCUCUAACGGCUGCACUUUCUGGAUGGGUAAUCUAAAACACAAGGAUCUCAGGGGUCAGGUGCUCAGCUCUCAGGCAUAUGUAGAUGAUGAAGUUGACAACAUGGAUGAAGAUCCAGCCGGAGCUGGUGAGGUGGAUCCACAAGGUACUGUUCCCUCUGCUAGUGAAAAUAGUGAAGCAGAAUGAAUAUUUCUUUUUAUCUGUAAAAUACUUCCUUUUUUAUCCGAUGCCGUAAUUCAGUUAUUUUCUUUGCUAA